GCUGCGGAAAUAGAGCUAAACACUUGGGGCACUGUGCCUCUGCAAAAUACCUGCAAAGUAAAGGAGGUUCAUCCUCUCUCACAAAAGCUUCCAUUAUCGACAUCUUCAGAAAGCUCAGACUCGCUGUACUCUACUGGUGGAGGCGUUGUGGAAUUCAAUCGAAUCGAAUCGAAUCCACCACCAUGAACGACGACGAUGCAUGUGGAGUUAUGGAAGCUCAGUACAUACGCAGGCAUCACCGUCACCACCCGAAGGAGAAUCAGUGUACCUCUGCUGUUUUCAAGAACGUUAGAGCUCCGGUUCCUCUUGUUUGGUCACUGGUGAGGAGAUUCGAUCAGCCCCAAAAAUAUAAGCCGUUUGUUAGUCGUUGUGUGGUGAAAGGAGACCUGGGCAUUGGAAGCGUCAGGGAAGUGAAUGUGAAAUCUGGUCUUCCUGCGACCACCAGUACUGAGAGGUUGGAGCUUCUUGAUGAUAAAGAACACAUUCUUGGAAUCAGAAUCGUUGGUGGAGAUCACAGGCUCAAAAACUACUCUUCCAUCAUGACUGUCCAUCCAAAGGUUAUCGAUGGAAGACCUGGGACGCUUGUGAUCGAGUCUUUCGUGGUCGAUGUGCCUAGUGGGAACACAAAAGACGAGACGUGCUAUUUUGUUAAGGCGUUAAUCCAAUGCAAUCUCAAAUCUUUGGCUGAUGUAUCGGAGAGGAUGGCUGUGCAGGGGCAAACUGAACUGCUCGAGAAAUAGUUGGUAAGGAGGAAGCAACUGAACAUUGAUGUGAAUAGUUUCAUGGUAGACCCAGAGCCCAUUUUAGCUGCAGUUGUGCUGUGCCAUGUAUAAAAAGAUUGUUCAGAGCUAUACUACUACCACAUUCCCUGAAGUUUUGGGUGCAAGUCCGGUGGUUGAUUUUCCAUCACAUGGAUAUGAAUUUGGCUGGUUUUUUACGUGCUUUUUCAUGUUACUCGGUUUCUUUCCUUCUCGAAGGGCAAUUUGCACUGGCUAUCCAUGGAUGAAAUUUGGAAGAUUCUUAAUUUAUGUUAAUUAACUUGGGUUUGUGCAGCUUGGUAGCAGAAAUUUAGGGCCUAUGCAUUGUAGCUAAAGGCAGUACUGGUAUGUCGUCCUGAAAUAAGAUAGAUUAUGGCUUUAUACAUGUCAGUCUUGACCCUUGACUACACUAUUCCUGAGAAUUUGUUCUCUACUUUUGUUAUGUUAUUUGGAAUCAGCUGCUUUAAAAAGUAAAAAUUGUGGAAUGGUCAAGAUUCAGGGACUUGUUUUUCUUGCUUGGGACUGGGAAUGUGAAACCAAUUUCUACCUCCAUGUACAACAAUUAGGUCUGUUCUCAGCCAUAAUGUAAUGAAAUGUAGAAGAUUGCUCA